CGUCUCUGCUUGGCAACAUGAGGCUUUUGAUGCGACGACACUUGAUGACAUGGCGUCUUCUUCGUCACAGAUCACUCCGAUUCGUACUUUAGAUGAUUUGAAGAAGUUCCUCGUCCGCUUACCAAAUGCCCAACAGUUAUUGGAAAACGACGACGAUACCACCACCUUUGACUCUCAUACCUCCUCCGAUUUCGACAAAGAAGAAGCUCUCUUCAUAUUAAUAUUCGACACCUCCUCGUCUCUUAGCUCCUCCGCCCCUGAUUCUUCUUCCUCCAUUGCCGAGAACGCUGUCACGGCCCUCAAACGUACUUUCCAAUCAUUUGCUGAUAGUACUCAGCGGAAUGAGCCUUUACGGUUUGGUAUUAUCGAAAUCGAAAACGUCAAAUCUGCCGGUGUUUUUGAGGAGAUGAUGAUCAAGGAAAUGGGGAGGAGUGAUCCCGGACUUGGACUUGGUCUUGGAAGUAGUUCGGCUCCAGGGCCAACAAAAGCGGUGUGCUUGCGGUGUGGUGGGGUUGAGGGACGGGUUGAGACGUAGGUUAUUCCUCAAUAUGAUGAAUUUGAGGCUGGGACUAAAGGAGUGGUGAUUGAGGGGGGAGGAGAACAGUUGGAGAAGUGGAUGGAAGAAAUGGCCAGACCCGUGAUUGGCGAGUUGACGAAGUGGAAUUAUGGGAGGGUACGAGAGACGGAGAACACCCUCCCAACCGUCUACGUCUUCGCACGCUCCCCUCACCAGCAACGU